AUGAGAUUUUGCCCGUAUGCGGAAAGAAGUAUUUUGGUUUUAAAUGCUAAGAAAAUAGAAUAUGAUUUCCUAUUUAUCAACCUGGACCAGAAACCUCAAUGGAUUUUCAAUUUUAGCCCCAAAGGCACGGUACCUGCAUUGGAAUACGAGCAAGGAAAGGGAAUUUUUGACAGCAACAUUAUAAAUGUUUAUUUGGAUGAAACAUAUCCUGAUGUGCCAUUACAAUCUGCAGACCCACUUCGUAGAGCUCAAGAUAAAAUGCUUGUAGAACAAUUUGCAGGGGCGCAAUCCGCAUAUUAUACAGCUGCAUUUAAUGCCCCAGCCCUUCAGCCAGCCAUGAUAGAAACCUAUCAUAAAGGCCUUGAAAUUCUACAAAAAGAAAUUGAGUCUCGUGGUACUACAUUUUUACAUGGAGGUGCACCGGGCUUGGUGGAUUAUACAAUCUGGCCAUUCCUGGAACGUUUCCUGGCUUUGCCUUUACUAGGCAAAAAUGAAUUUGCAAUUGAUAAGACAAAAUAUGAAGUAUUGAUAAACUACAUAGAAGCAAUGAAAAAUGUGCCUGCAAUUAAAUCAUAUUGUCUAGCACCAGAGACUCAUGCUAAAUAUAUUGAGUCGCGUGCAAAAGGCAACCCAGAUUACAACAUGCUUGACACCAGUUCAGUUUGCUGCAUGCGUCCCAGGAAGAAGAAAGAA